CGGCAUGCACUGUAAAGUACCGGAGAGAUAAAAGAAAAAUGAGGUCCUACCUUCUUGGAGGGCAAAGUUGCAAUGAAAAGGUGAUGUUUGGAACGUGUUAAGCAAAGAAAGAAAAGCACUUUCGCAUUCUGGCUCAAACGGUGCUCAAGAUGGCAAAUCUCCGAUCACCUGCCGCUCUAAACUUUCUGGCGCCAGAGAUAGGAGUGCGAUGAAAAUGAGAGUUUGAACUCUCUUGGCGUAAAAACGAGCACACCAGGUUAACGCAUGCUUCACUCAAGGAUAUUUGAAGUCAUUUGAGCCAAAAAAAAACAAAACUAGAAGGUAGAAGGUACAUGAACUAGAACCAAAGGAUGUACUCGAAAUUCGUUAGUCCUCAAGGAUCAUCCAAAGAGAUGGUUGGACUACGAUUAGGAUUGGGUUGUUUGCUCCAUUUUGGAGGUGUAUUGGCUUUUGAUUAUGCCUACGAAGUUCCUUCCGUGCCCAAAAUGUUGCAAGAUGUUCAAGGGAUUGAGGAACUUGUGGCAUCACAAACAACAGAAUCUGAAUUUGCCAACCGACAAGGGUUCUAUCAAGCAAAUCCAUACGAAAGACAAGAUGGACUUGUAACAUCUAUCCCUUUAUUGGUUGCUCUUGGAGUUGGAGGGAUCGUAGCAGGUGCUGCAGUGGUUCAAAAUGCUAACCAAGCCCGUGACAAUUUGCAAUCCCAGUUGGACACCAUCAACACAAGGAUUACUUCAUCUAGUAAUAGUGUUUCCAGUUUGUCCUCCAGCCUGUCUUCUCUGACAAGUACUACCAAUAUCAAUACCGCACGGGCGAUAUCAGCAUGUUCUUUGUCUUGCAAAUGGUGCGGCAGUUCCUAUUCCCAGGCCCCUUCCAACGACAGAUAUCGCAGUACAAAUCUUAAUAGACAACUUGUUAUGGCAAUUGGAAACAAUACGUGUCCAUGAAUUUAGUAACAACAUGACUCAUUGCUCAGAAAACAUCAAAUCAAUAUUGUCGCAACACUGAAUAACCUUUUGCUAUUAGAUUUGUUCCCUUUGUCUGAUAUUGGAACUUAUCUAGAAGUGAACUGAUCUCCACACAUCAUUUUACCUUGUUACUUAAUUCAGAAAAUAU